CGCUUCACCACCUCCACCCCCUUGCUGCGUUGAGCCUCGUGUUUUCUAUACCAAGAGAAAGAACGUCAUUCACAUCGUGCCUGAACUCAACGGGACGUAGGUCAAGAUGGGCAUUGUAGAGAAGAUCAAGGAGAUCGAGGAGGAGAUGGCGAGGACGCAGAAGAACAAGGCCACGGAGUACCACCUUGGCCUCCUCAAGGCCAAGCUCGCCCGAUACCGUGCACAACUCCUCGAGCCGACAGGCAAGUCGAGCGGCGGUGGGACGGGCUUUGAUGUCCAGAAGUCCGGCGAUGCCAGAGUCGCCCUCAUCGGCUUCCCUUCAGUUGGCAAGUCAACCCUCCUGAGUAAAUGCACGCACACCCAAUCCGAGACCGCGGCGUAUGAGUUUACCACCCUCACGGCUAUUCCUGGCGUCUUGGAGUACGAGGGCGCGCGGAUACAGUUGCUUGACCUGCCAGGGAUCGUUGAGGGUGCCAGCCAGGGCCGCGGUCGUGGGAGACAGGUUGUAGCCACAGCCAAGACUGCCGACCUCAUUCUCAUCAUGCUUGACGCAACGAAAUCGGAAGAGCAACGACGGCUGCUUGAGAUCGAAUUAGAUGCCGUAGGCAUUCGCUUGAACAAGCAGAAGCCCGAUGUCGUGUUUAAGCGGAAGACUACUGGAGGGUUUACAAUCAAUAAAACGGUGCCAUUGACAAAGACCGAUGAAAAGACCAUUCGGUCCAUCUUAGCCAGCUACAAACUGCAUAACUGCGACGUAAUGAUCCGUGAAGACAUUACGACCGAUGAGUUCAUAGAUGUCUUAAUAGGAACACGCAAAUAUCUUCCGUGUCUAUACGUUUACAACAAGAUAGACGCCAUCAGCCUUGAGCAGGUGGACAAGCUCGCGCGACAAGACCAUACCCUGGUGAUCAGCUGUGAGCUCGGGUUGAACUUGGAGUACCUCUACGAGAGGAUUUGGGCCGAGCUUGGCCUGGUGAAGGUGUACACUAAGAAACGGGGUGCCCACCCCGAUCUUGCGGAUCCUAUCUGCCUGCGCCAAGGGGCCACCAUCGAGGGCGUUUGCAAUGGUAUUCAUCGCUCGCUCGCGGCCAACUUCCGAUACGCACUAGUCUGGGGCAAGUCUUCGAAGUUCAACCCACAUGCACAGAAGGUUGGGCUAAACCAUCACGUCGCGGACGAUGACGUUGUGUCAAUUUUCACGAAGUAAUUUAGGCGGCACGACUAGGCGGCGGUGAGCACGUAGGAGCUGGGUGACCACGAUCAGCCGGCUGGUCGUAUCCCCCGGGCUGACUCGGAGAUAAUGGGCUGCUUGCUACAGCGUGUAAGAUAAGCCGAUGAAAUGAAUACACAGCAUUCGAAGUAUAAUUAUU